GGGAACGGACCGAAGAUCCCAGUGGACGGUGGCGCGAGACAAGGCCAAGUCAUGGCGGAGACGGGAGCCCACGCGCGUGAGAACGGCGUGAGCCACAAGAAGCGGCGUGAGACCAUGUCCGGCGGCGAGUCGGCGCCGAAGAAGAUCAAGCUGGAGGAAGACACGCCGCCGGAGGCCAACCCCAACACUAUUGAGGCCGUGAGAGAGAAGAACAAGGCGUUGGACAUCGACAUGAAGGAGAAAAACAGACGCAUAACCUACCUGACUAAGAAAUGCGAGGCGCUGUACCGCUCUCGAGGCGUGACGAGUGCUUCAUUCCGCUUUCUGAGGAGGCAGUGGUUCCAGCUACAGGACGAGCUGCUCGCUGCAGUAAAGACGGUGGAUCCCUCCUCUGUGCCAGACGAGGCCUCAAAGGAGGCCUGGCUGGCCGCUCUAGACGCCAUUGACGGCUUCGGGCAGGUCCGCGUACGCACAGAGGAGCUCAAGCUGAACCUUCCAGAGUGGUUCAUCACAGUGGCUAAGGACGCAGAGCAGGAGGAACCGGACGCUGACGUGUCGUUGCCGUCAGAUGAUGAUGCUGACGCCAGCGCAUUUAUUAAAGCAGAUGAUUUAUCAAAGCUGGAGAAGGAAGUGUAUGAGCAGCUCAAGCAAAAAAGCGAGAUAACGAAGGAGUUAUUGCAGAAACUACUCGCUGCAGUUGGCAGCGCAUCUCAAGACAAGACAAAACCAAUUGAAUAUGCCCAUAUUCUGCAAGAAAAACGAGCAGCAGUCGCCGAAACCCUGGGGUUAAAGAGCCAGCUACAGGCGGUGCCUGAACUCGAGCGUGACGUGGAAGCGAAAGAAACGGAGCGACAUCGUGCUUGUCGAGACUAUGACAGAUUGAGCGUAUAUGUGGAACAACGGGGUGGUGUAAAUACGGACAAUGGUGAUGUUGGUGAUGUCAAAAUGGAGGAAGCUGCAGAUGGUGAAAAGGCUGGUGAGAAAGCUUCUUCAGGAUCGUCGAGUACUGAGAUGGUGAAGCAAGAAGCACUUGUGGAGCAAGCGAAGGAGCAUGCAAAGGUUGUUGCUACUCUGAAAGAAAACAUAGGGAUCUUGAGUAAGAAACUGUACCAAGAGCGUCAUAAUGUCGAUUCCAUGAAGCGAGAGCUGGAAAAACUCAAGGCUUCAGAGACGGCGUGGAAAAAUGAUGAAGCUGCUCUGGCUCAAGAGCAUGAGGAAAAAAUCCAACAACUUCGCGAUGAAAAAGCUCACGGCGACGAAGAGUACAAGAAAGUUCUCCACAAGACAAAGGAUCUCGAGCACCACAUGACCAUGAAGUGGGAGAAAAAGAUCACAAAAAUCCAGGCAGAAAUGAGCAAAACAAAAGCACAGAUGGACGAGUUAAACCUGAAGAACGUAUCAUUACGAGAAAAAAUCUCCAACGCAUCGACCUACAGAGAUCAGCUAAGCGAAGCGAAGUCGGAGCUGCAAUCAGUUAGGCGCGAAAACACCAACUUGACGGCACAAAUCGAGCGUGAGCGGAGCCGAGCAGAUCGAGCUCAAGCCUCGGCAGAUAAUCAUGAAAUCUUGACACUGACAAAGAAGGUGGCUCUAUUGGAGAAGGAAAAAUUAGAGUUGCAGCAGACAUAUGACGCGCUGAAGCAAGCAGAAAUGAAGAGUGCUGGCGAAAAGCUGACUGACGCGUUAAAGCGCUUAUCGGGAGUGGAGGCGAAGCUCGAGGAAGAAAGAAAGGAAGCCCACGAGUGCAGUGAGAGACUGCGUGCUCAAAUCAAGGAUAUGAAGGCUUCCGGUGAAGCUACUAGAGAAGAGAACGACGCGUUAUUGCUGGAAAUUGAGACAGUGACGAAAGAUGUGGAAUCACUGCGUCACGGCCGAAAGAAAUUUAUUCAGCAGAUCGAGGAGAAGCGCAACGCCAAUAAGAAGCUUCACACAUUGCUCGCAAGGGAGGAGCAAGCCAAGUCGCAUUGCUUCGAGGAGUUGGCAGCAGUGCGGCUGCAGGUUUCAUCGCUGAGCACUGUACACAAGCACCAGAAAGCAUUUAUCGAGUCAGCCAAGGAAUCUUUACAAGCAAAGGAGAUCGAGCUCGACAAGUUGAAGGAGUAUGUCAAGACCAUUGAAACGGAGCGUGAGGCUUCAGAUGCUGAAAAGCGCAAAUUAUUACGAGAUGCAGAAGUGGCAAAGACGAUCUGUGCGACUGCGGAAAAGUCACAUCAGCAACUGCAGCAGGAGAAGCAGAAACCUUGUGAAGAAUGCGAGACACAACGUAAGAAGAUCGACGAAAUGGAGCGCAAGCUGCAGCAUGCCAAGUCAACACCCUCUACUGGCGAGCUCACAGAUCUCGAGCGAUUCGAGCUGCGCGACUUGCAGAAACUCGUGAAUUGCUCGGUAUGCCAAGACCGACGCAAGGAUGUGCUCAUCUCCAAGUGCUCCCACAUGUUCUGCAAGGAAUGUAUCGAGAACAACCUCAAGUCGCGCAACCGCAAGUGUCCUACCUGCAAGAAAAUGUUCGGCCACGACGACGUUAAGUCCGUGUGGUUCACGUAG